CGCGGCGGGGUGCGCCAGGCAGACCCGGCGGCCGCGGCUCCUCGGCGCGCGGCCCAGCACCUGCUGCCCUCGCCCGGCCCGGGGCGCUGCUGCCAUGCGGCUGGCGCUGCUCUGGGCCCUGGGGCUCCUGGGCGCAGGCAGCCCUCUGUCCCCCCGGCCGCUCCCAUAUAUAGGUGGCACUGAGGAGGAGCGGGCAAGGCCAGAGGGGGCCCUGGGUGGACCCUCGGAGCCCCAGAUCCUUCCGGACAUCCCGACACUCAGCCUCACAGAGGUGUUUCAGGCCAAGCUGCCUGAGGCCUUGCGGAUCCAGUUGGAAUUGGAUGGUGAGAGUCAUGUUCUGGAGCUGCUACGGAACAGGGAGCUAGUCCCAGGCCGCCCGAGCCUGAUGUGGUACCAGCCUGACGGCACCCGUGUGGUCAAUGUGGGACACACUCUGGAGAACUGCUGCUACCAGGGAGUGGUGCAGGGCCGCGUGGGCUCCUGGGUCUCUGUCUGCACCUGCUCAGGGCUCAGGGCUUUGGUGAUCCUGUCCCCAGAGAGAAGCUACACCUUAGACCUGGAGCCUGGGGACCUUCGGGCCCCCCCAAGUAUCUCCCGGAUCCAAGACCUCUUCCUGCCAGGCCACACUUGCGCCCUGAGCUGGCGUGCAUCUGUGCCCACUCAGACUCCCCUGGAGCCACCCCGGGGAAGGCUCCACAGCCACACUCAUCGGAGGCGGCGGGACGUGGUGACGGAGACCAAGACUGUUGAGCUGGUGAUUGUGGCUGACCGUUCGGAGGUCCAGAGGUACCCGGACUCCCAGCACCUGCUGAACCGCAUGCUGAAGGUGACCCUCCUCCUGGACGCCUUCUUCCGGCCCCUGAACGUGCGGGUGGUGCUCGUGGGCCUGGAGGCCUGGACCCAGCGGGACCUGGUGGAGAUAAGCCAGGACCCAGGUCUCACACUAGACAGGUUCCUCCACUGGCGCCGGAGAGAUUUGCUGCCUCGACUGCCCCACGACAGUGCCCAGCUGGUGACCGCUACUUCAUUCUCUGGGCCCACGGUGGGCAUGGCCAUUCAGAACUCCAUCUGUUCCGACUUCUCUGGAGGUGUGAACAUGGACCACUCCACCAGCGUCCUGGGAGUUGCAUCCUCCAUAGCUCACGAGUUGGGCCACAGCCUGGGCCUGGACCACGACUUGCACGGGCAAAGCUGUCCCUGCCCGGGGCCGGCCCCUGCCAAGAGCUGCAUCAUGGAGGCCUCCACCGACUUCCUGCCGGGCCUGAACUUCAGCAACUGCAGCCGGCAGGCCCUGGAGAAAGCCCUGCUGGAAGGGAUGGGCAGCUGCCUCUUUGAGCGGCUGCCCAGCCUGCCCUCUCUGGCCACUGUCUGCGGGAAUAAGCUGCUGGAGCCGGGCGAGCAGUGUGACUGCGGCUUCCCGGAUGACUGCACCGACCCCUGCUGUGACUACCUCAGCUGCCAACUAAGGCCCGGGGCGCGGUGCGCGUCCGACGGGCUCUGCUGUCACAACUGCCAGCUGCGCCCGGCCGGCGGGCAGUGCCGCCCGUCCAGAGGGGACUGCGACUUACCCGAGUUCUGCUCAGGAGACAGCCCACAGUGCCCUCCCGAUGUCAGCCUGGGAGACGGCGAGCCCUGCGCUGGGGGCCAGGCCGUGUGCGUGCGGGGGCGUUGUGCCUCGUACGCCCAGCAGUGCCAGGCUCUCUGGGGACCUGGGGCCCGGCCCGCCUCGCCACUUUGCCUCCUUGCUGCCAACACUCGAGGGGAUGCUUUUGGGAGCUGUGGGCGCAGCCCUAAUGGCAGCUACGUGGCCUGUGCCCCUAAAGACGCCAUUUGUGGGCAGCUCCAGUGCCAGGGGGGGCAGGCCCAGCCUCUGCUCGGCUCAGCCCGGGGUCUGCGCUGGGAGAUGCUAGAAGCCAACGGGACCCAGCUGAAGCUGAAUUGCAGCUGGGUCCACCUGGACCUGGGCGACGACGUGGCCCAGCCCCUGCUGACUCUGCCUGGCACAGCCUGUGGUCCUGACCUGGUGUGCAUUGACCGCCGGUGCCAGCCCGUGGACGUCCUGCGAGCCCAGGAAUGUCGAAGCAAAUGCCACGGACACGGGGUCUGCGACAGCAAAGGACAUUGCCACUGUGAGGCGGGCUGGGCCCCCCCUGACUGCACCAACCGCGUCAGAGCAACCAGCUCCCUGACCACAGGACUGCCCCUCAGCCUCCUGCUGUUGGUGGUCCUGCUGCUGCUGGGGGCCAGCUACUGGCACCGCGCCCGCCUGCGUCAACGGCUCUGUCAGCUCAAAGGACCCAGCUGCCAGUACAGGGCAGCCCAGCCUGGUCCCCCAGAACGCCCAGGACCCCCGCAGAGGGUCCUCCUGAUGCCAGGGGCCAAGUCUCAGGGGCCUGCCAAGCCCCCACCCCCGAGGAAGCCACUGCCUGCCAACCCCCAGGGCCGGCGCCCUUCGGAUGACCUGCCUGGCCCAGGAGCUGGAAUCCCGCCCCUAGUGGUACCGUCCAGGCCUGCGCCACCGCCCCCAGCAGCGUCCUCGCUCUACCUCUGACCUCUGCUGAGGUUCCGCUGCCUGCAAGCCGGACUUAGGACUUCAAGAGGCGGACUUGUCCCUGGAGUCCCCCGCGAUGACUGAAGGAGCCGGAGCCUGGACACGGCGGAGCAGGCAGCCUAAGACCCCGGGCACCUCCACGCGCCGACGAGCAGCACCCUAGGGACCAGCCCACGCAGUUGCAGCUGGGGGUGGGGAGGGGCUGGGCGCCGUCCUGGUCUGAGGGAGGUGCACACAGCCUGUCCCUGCUCUGGUGCAAUAAACCUGAGGUCUGGGGA